AUGGAUCAAUUCCCCGGGUGUAAUGUUACAGAUACGUCCCCAGUCUCCGGCGAGAGCACCUUGGCGGACUCCCAGUCCCAGUCCCAGUCCCCCGCCCCAGCGGUUAAGCCCGAGGAUAGUACAACGAUCGGGGAGCCGCCUAAGAAGAGGCAGAGACGUAAUAAGCCCACCUUGUCUUGUGAAGAGUGUGUGGAACGGAAAACUAAGUGCGAUAGAGGCCGGCCUCAUUGUCUUGCAUGUAUAAAACGACAAACCGAGUGCAAAUAUGCCCGCGUGGCAAAUAUCUUAGAGGAGACCAAUCGGUCCGUCAGCAAUGCUCGACGCAUGACAAAACCGCCAAAGAAGAAACAGUCCAUGUCAAAUGGCGUAGAAGGGCCAAAGCAAAUCACCAAUCCAAGUGAGAGGAGUGCCUCCCGAGGCUCAGUUUCCUCGUCUACCGGCCUCCUUUCCAACGUCCCCUAUUCCCAUCCCACGGCUUCCAACGUCUUUGGAAUCGGCUCUGAACACCCAUUCGCAAAUUACUGGACCUGCCAGGGCGGCCUCCCUGAAGUGAUAUCCGUACUCCCAGAAAAGGUACAGGCAGAUAUCCUCCUGGAGAGGUAUUUCGAGUGCGUCGACCCAGUAUACCCCAUGAUCCACCGCCAGAACUUCUACUCAGACUAUGAACAAUUCUGGAGCCUUGCCCAACCCGAAAGGGACCGCGCAGAUGCCACCCUUAUCGCCAUAAUAUUCUCGAUGCUAGCAAUGGGCACUCAAUUCGUAACAACAACAUCACCCCGAGAGCGGCAACAAACCGCCGAAUUCUACGUCUCCGCAGCCCACCAGUCCCUCCGCAUGAGUUCCUACCUAAACAAAACCUCCGUCCGCUCUAUCCAGGCUAUGGUUCUCAUAACCUACUUCCUCAUAAACGACAACCAUGCUUCCGACGGAUGGGCCUUCGCAGGCAUCUUAAUCCGGCAAGCCUACGCCAUGGGCCUCCACCGAGACCCAGACAUCGUCGUCCCGAACGCCAGUACCUUCGACAAACAACAACGCCGCAAGCUCUGGCAAGCCGUCCUCCUCCAAGAUACGUUCCUAACCGUGCUGCUCUCCCUCCCACCAAGCGCCACACAUACAGACGUCAACGUCGACGACCUAGUCGAUGACUGCACCAACUUUUCGCACACCAGCCCCACCGACACAGCAUACAUCCGCGGGUGCUGGCUACUCGCAAACCUAGUCCAAGAAACCAUCUGCUCGCCCCGCUCCCUCGACCUCCCCAUCUCCUCCACGCCUCGACAAAAAGCAAAGCUCCUCUCUGAUUUCCGCACCGUAUACCGAUCCUUUCCAGACGUCUUCCGAUCCUGGGACGCAGAAUCCCUCACCCUUCUCGCCCAAACUAAUAAACGCAUAGUCCGACAAACACUCUUCCUCACCUCGAACUACUUCCACAACGUCAUGCUCCUCCACUCCUCCAGCAGCCCCGAAGUGCCUGUGAAUGUGCGGGGCGCACUAGAUGCCGCGCAUGAUGCGAUUAAUGCAUUUUUCCUACUGUAUAAACUAUUCGAGAGCGAGGCGAAGGUGUGGUGGGUAUUUAACCACAGGGGGUUCCUGGAAGCGCUUUGUAUUGGCGGGAUAUUGAAGCAGCAAGCCGCCGAUGAGGAUGGGGAGACGCUGGUGAAGAAGGAUCCGGUGUUUGUUAGGGCAAAGGCUGAUAUUGGUUCGUACCCCUCGCCCCUUUUCUUUCCCUGUCCCCUAUUUUGUAACUCCCCCACCCCCUAA